UAUGAACACACGAGUCUCUUCAUCAUCUUCCUCUUGACUCUCUAAACCCAGAGUCUCAGAAACCAAAUCAUUUCAAAUCUCUUCUGAAUUCUGUUGAUUCGUGGAAGAAAAUGGUUCGUAUAGAAAUGGAGGAAACUGAAGACGAAGUUCCCAGCCCUCCGAAGGCCUCUGCAUCGAAUAAAAAUGCGACGGAUUCAAGCGGCGGUGCGUCAACAUCUAAUGUGAGUAAAGACCCUUCUGAUGGCUACGAGACUGCCAGCGAUGGGGAGCUUGGUGAUAGUGGUGAUGAGCGUCAAGAGCAUACUGAUCAACAUUCCGAACAGGAGGCACAAAUUGCCACGCCCAGUGAGGAUGAGAUUAAAGAGAAAGCCUUGGCUGAAGCAAACAUUGCGAAAAUGGCGGGCAAUAAACUGUUUGGAGAAGGGAAAUAUGAGGAGGCAUUAUUAGAGUAUGAUCGUGCUUUAACCAUUUCUCCUGACAUGCCCUCUGCAGUGGAGUUACGGUCAAUAUGCCAAGCAAACCGCGGCGCGUGUUUUCUGAAACAAGAAAAAUAUGAUGACACUGUAAAAGCAUGCUCGAAGGCGAUCGAACUGAAUCCUGCAUAUGUCAAAGCUUUGUCUAGAAGAGCAGAGGCUCGUGAAAAGCUUGAACAUUUUGAGGAGGCCAUUAAUGAUAUGAAAAAGAUAUUGGAAUUGGAUUCAUCAAACGACCAAGCUAAGAAGGCCAUCCGUCGCCUUGAACCAUUAGCCGAACAAAAACGAGAAAAGAUGAAAGAAGAGAUGAUUGGGAAGUUGAAAGAGAUGGGCAAUUCUUUGUUGGGUCGUUUUGGUAUGAGCGUGGACAACUUCAAGGCUGUCAAAGAUCCAAAUACUGGUUCCUAUUCAAUUUCAUUCCAACAAUAGUUUCGAGUUUGCUCGAUUUGUAUUUAUGACCAAUAUACGAAAAACGACACCCUUAUGUACUGGGCAUUGGCUUAUUCCUGGGUUUAAUGUGUUCAUAACUGAUGGUAGUGUUUAAAUUUUGGGCAAUGGUCUUCUUAAUUCUUGAGAUGGCAAACUGGUUGCUGUGUUUCCUUCCUGUGGAUGUUACUUGAUUUGUUAUUGUUACCUUAUUAUUGUGGACAGUAUGCCUUUUAUUUCAAGGUUGAUGUGCUA